AUGGCAACAAUCGACAUCGCCGAAACCGUAGCCUACCAAGAAUUGAUUCUUGCGCUCCGCCUUCUUAUGACGAAACUUUUCCGGGUCAAAAUCAAUGCAUUACAGGCUCGAAGCAAAAAGCCAUCCGAACUGACCACCUUGACAUUAAAACCUGGGCCCCAUUCCCGGGACAUCAACAAAUUGUUGAGAGUUCGGGUCGACGGGCUUGAUAGCUUCGAAACCGACAGCUACUUAUUGAUCAAGACCUGGGCUGAAUACGCAAAAUCCGUACCUGAAAGAGUUUGCGUGAAAAUGACCGUAUUCCCG